AUGGCCUCCGGUGCCUCUGUCCCGCCGCCCACGGCCACCUCUCUCCACCCGGCUCUUACCCCAUCCUCACUGGAGCGAAAUAAUAAAAGCAGUGCGCCCGACCGCCCCAGCACCUCCGGUUCUGGUCCCCGGCUUUGCGUCAACACGGCCAAGGCCACGAGAAGCGCAGAUGACCCGCGCACGCCGUCCUCCGCCGUUCCCGCUCUAGGUGGAACUCACUCCUCGGCCUCUGAUUCCACCUGGCCAUCGCAUCCGCGAGCCGCCGGCGUCGCAUCUUAUCAGGGCCACCACCGCCGCAGCGCCCCGUCCCACGACUCGAUCCCCCGCCAAACCAUCAUAAAGGCCCUCGCCUCGGUCGCCCGGAACAACAAGCCAGAGGCGCUCUCCCUCAACAACAUGCUCGCGUCUCAGAGCAACAACGGCGCCGUUCCGCCGGGUUCCGCCGCCUCGUCGCAGAUGCUGGCCGAUGCGCUGCAGGACCUGGCCCGGCGACAGUCCACUCCCACCACGGCGCUCACUGCGCUGCAGUCGCCUUGCUUCUACCACCAGCGCUUUGACGAUGCCGUCGACAUCGCCAAGGUUCUCGAGGAAAUCAAGAAUGACGAGUCCAUGUCACAUUCACGCCUCGUCCAGACUGCGACGGGAGUUCGCGAAGUUUCCAAGCAGCUCCAGCGCCGACCAAUCAAGCGCGCAGUCCGCAGCGUCAUGAUUGUCACCAAGGCCCGAGACAACCAACUGGUUCACCUCACCCGCGAGCUCGCCUCGUGGCUCCUUCGCACACCCCGAUACGGCUCGGAUGUCGGCGUCAACGUCUACGUCGAUGCCAAGUUGCGCAGCUCGAAACGCUUCAACUGCGCGAGCAUAGUUGCCGAGGACCCGCGGUUCGAACACAUGCUCAAGUACUGGACCCCCGACUUAUGCUGGAACCAGCCAGACAAGUUUGAUCUUGUCCUUACCCUUGGAGGCGACGGCACGGUGCUCUUCACGUCGUGGCUCUUCCAGCGAGUCGUCCCGCCCGUUCUCUCCUUCAGCCUCGGCAGCCUAGGCUUCAUGACGACGUUCGAGUUCGAAAAGUACAAGGAGCACCUCACCCGCGUCAUGGGCGACGACGGCAUGAAGAUUAAUCUUCGCAUGCGAUUCACCUGCACGGUCUGGCGGCACGAUGCCCGAGGCCAUCAAAUGGACGAAGGCGAGCAAUUCGAAGUGCUCAAUGAGCUAGUCAUCGACCGCGGCCCAUCGCCAUACGUGUCAAACCUUGAGCUGUACGGCGACGACGAGCUCCUCACCGUGGUUCAGGCCGACGGCUGCAUCUUCUCCACACCCACAGGCUCGACAGCCUACUCACUGUCGGCAGGGGGCUCUCUCGUGCAUCCGGACAUUCCGGCUAUUCUCCUCACGCCAAUCUGCCCGCAUACCCUGUCCUUCCGCCCGAUGGUGCUCUCGGACACCAUGGCACUUCGCGUCGCCGUGCCUCGGAAUUCGCGGGCAACUGCCUACUGCGCGUUCGACGGAAAAGGCCGCAUUGAGCUCCGCCAGGGGGACCAUGUCACCAUCACCGCUUCUCAAUACCCGUUCCCCACUGUUACCCGCACCGACACCGAAUGGUUCGACAGCGUCAGCCGGACCCUGCGAUGGAACGUCCGCGCCGCAGCCCAGAAGCCGUUCGAUGCGGGCUCGGUUGCCGACGGCGUUCCGCCCAAUGAGGAGGGCGAGGACAGCUGCUGGGACAUUGACACUGACAGCGCAUACUACCCGAGCGAGGAGGGCAGCGUGAGCGCGAGCCCCAUUAGACGCCAGAUGAGCAUGUUGGGCCUAUGA